UUUUCUUUUUUUCUUUUUUUGGUUUAUAUUGAAUAGCCAUGGAAAGUAAUUUUGAAGGUCGACAGGAAGAAGUAGUAUCUGAACCAGAAUCGAAUUCUUCAGAUAAAAGAAGAAGUAGAAUAACAAGAGCUUGGUAAAAUCGAUUACUGCAGACGAAAAAAAGUAAAGUGUCAUUUUUCACCUGGACAGCCAUGCGACAACUGUAUAACAAAUAACAUCACCUGUGAGUUUAAUGAUAGUGCAAAGAAAAGAGGACCACCAAAAGGUUAACUAUACAAGCUAUAUCGACGCCUUAGAAAAGAGGAUACGAAAGAUUGAAGAAAAACUACAUAAUCCAGUCAUAAGACCUGAAACACCAGCAGUCAAAACAAAGGAAAAUGCAUCAUUCAAUCAAUCAACCUAUAUUCCUUUCAAUAGUAAACAGAGUCUGAGAACAUCAGCAGAUAAAGUGGUUUAUUUGGGUGAUCUAUCCAGUUUACAGUUCUUUUCAAACAAAAUUCCUUUAAAUGAUAAACAGACAUGGACAGGUCAACGCAUACGAAAGUUUGGUAAUGAGCUCGUACUCAUUGGAGAUACAAAAGAAGAGGACGAUCAACAAAAAUGGUAUCAGAAACUAUCGUUACCACAGCUUCAGACAAUACACUACUGGAUCUAUUCGGUCACAGGCAUAGAUAGACAUACAUCGGAUCGACUCAUCAAAAUAUAUUUUGCAAACAUUCAUCCCGUACUUCCUGUUGUCAAUAAGGCAAAGUUUUUGGAACAGUAUCGAGAUCAAUCUGACACAUACCCGCCUGCUGAUUUAUUAAAUGCUAUGCUUGGAGCAGCAGCAAGAUUCGUAGAAUGUGACUCACUCAACAGAAGUCCUAGAUCUCCGGAUAGCAUAUGGGAUGUACCAGUCGGAUGGUCGGAUCAGUUUUUUGAGCAGGCUGAAAGGAUUAUCACUCAAUGCAACCCACAUCCAACUAUUUCAAAGGUUCAAGCAAUUAUCUUGAUUCACAACCAUCGGGGAAGCAUGGAUUCCAAAUCAUCUGCGUGUUGGAUGCUAGGUGGCAUAGGUGUUCGAAUGGCACAAUGUUUAGGCUUAAACAAAGACUGCGAGGAAUGGGAUAUACCUGAGAGUGAGAAGCAGACGAGAAAGCGGAUAUGGUGGUCGCUUUACAUUGCUGAUCGGUUUCAUUCUGCUUCACUAGGAAGGCCACUGAGUAUUAGAGAUGAGGAUAACGACGUUGGAUAUCCUGAUCCUACCGCCAGCUGGAAAGAAGUGCUAGAUAUGCCCGAUGAGAGCGAGCGUGAUACAUUCAUGCGAUUUCCUUCUGCUACGUGCAAUCCAAGGCAAGUGGAAGGAAGGGUAGGAAUAUAUCAGCUAUUUGUCGAACUUAUCAAGCUUUCUGAAAUACUGGGAAGAAUCUUACAAGGCUUAUAUACUCCUAAAGCAAAGAGACUUGGACUAGAGCAAGCAAGCGAUUCCAUUGUUAAGCAGUUGGAUGAGGAAUUGACUCAGUGGAGAUUUGGUUUUCCAGUAGCAUUAAAACGAGCAGCAUUUGAGGACUUUGAUGAAAAACGAGGCUACUUGGCCCCUGUUACAGCUUCUGUUCUCUUGUGCUACUUUAGCUUACUCAUUUUACUUCAUCGACCUUUUAUUGAAGCGAAGCCUAGUGGGCACAAGAAGGCAAGAUCGACAUACUCAUCUUUCAGUAUUGGUACGAGUGCAGCCACUAGAGGCAUUCGUAUCGCAUCUCAGAUGACAAUACGUGAUUUCUUGAUGUUUCCUUACUCAUUCAGUCUGUAUCCAGUGCUGCAAUGUUGUUUGAUUCUGAUGUACAACACAAAGAAUCCAGAUGCAAGGAUUUCAGCACCAGCCAAGGCAGACCUUGUAAAAGGAAUAAACAUGAUUUCAAGGGUGCGAGUGGUAUCGAGUACAGCAAAGAGACUCUAUAAUUUAUUAAAGACAAUAAUGGGUCAACAGAAAAUUGAAUUAUCGGAUUCAGAGGACUCAAACCGCUCUUUUCAAGAGUUUAACACCGAUAAUCCCGCCAUCUCGUCUCAUGCAUCCGAUGGUCAUGCACAGAGUCAAAUGGACACUGCGACAAACGGAACACAGCGUCAACCAAGCUAUUCUCCUCGAACCAUGCCGACUAUUGCAUCGCCUUACCCUGGACAAUAUGGGCUCGUCUUGUCUGACAUGAUGGCUCCACCUAGUGUGGAUGUUGGUUCCCCCGCAGGAUUAUCUCCUACUUCAUCUAUGCCAGAGGCGUUUAGUUUGAAGCAGUUUGGGUUUCAAAAAUCAUUACCAGAUUAUGAUAUGCAGAAUAUAUCAGAAAUGCCAAUCAUUAAUCAAAAUAUAUACAAUCCAUUUCAACAAUUUAAUCCACCCUCCAUGUCAAUAUCAAUACAGCAGCAACCCAUUUCGGCCUAUGCUAAUCCAGGAGGUAUUGCAACAAAGAUACACGAUAAUAAUGAGGGUAUCUUUAGAAAUAAGCCAAAUAACCCUUUCUUUGGUAUACCUGCAUCCAUGGAUUGGACUGAGUGGAAUGAGUGGAGCCAAAGCACUCAAGGGAAUACAGAAUGGCAGUUUCAGGCAUAGAUUAUACAUAUACAUAUAUAUUUUUUCAUCCCUUUUUUUUACAUCACAGGCAAGGUUUGCAUUAUAAAGUUUCAUGGCCACAGUUUUUAAAAGAAAUAAAGUCUGGUUUGCAUAAAUGUAUCUCUCUCUUUUUGUCUCUUGAGCAUUUCUAAUGAUGGUAAUUCUCUUAAUGAUUUACUAUGAAAAAGAGAGAGAAAGAACGUAUUCUAAAUAAAGGCAUAAAAAUAAUCCAAUAGCCCUUUUUUUUUUUUUUCCUUUCUCUCAUAAAAAA